UCCGCAACUCCUACUUACAUUUCAUUGGUCAGAAUUGUGUCACAUGACAGCCAUAGCUGCAAGGGAGUCUGGGAAAUGUAGCUUGGCACAUAUCUAUCUCAAAUCAGGUUCUUUAGACCUUUACAGAAUAACACCUGCUUUGCAACUUUCUCCUCCCUUCAGGACCGGAUGCAACUCUCUCCCAUGCUACCAAAACACCUGCUUGAGGCAGCGCAAGCUCCCAGGCCUCAGAGAGGCCCUCACAAAACAUUUCGCAAAGACGGGACACUCAGGUUAAAAAUGUGACAACCGCCCCAUACUAAACACAGAAAAUCACGUCCCAGGUGGGGGCAAGGUAAAGAAGGGGUACAGAAGGAUGCACGAGGUACACAGGGUAGUCGGCGCUUACAGCACACUUCAAGAAUACCUCAGGGCACACUCACCUGGGAGCGCUGACAGGGGUGCGCCAGCAGAGGGGCCUGAGGGCAGCCUGAUGCGCAUGUGCACUCCCUUCCUCCCCUUCCCCAUCCCGCCACUGGGACCUGAGGGAGCAUCUCCUCUGUCAGAGCGGCGGUUGGGGUCGCCACCGGCCUUCCUGGAACUGAGAGACCAGCAACCUCCAGCCGCCUUUGUGAGGACGGCCUGCUGUCCACAUCUCUUCCCUGAGCUGCCCGUUGGAGCCAUGGCACAGCCAACAAAGCCUGACAUGUUUGAUUUGGGCCUGGGCACCUGGAGCCCUAGAUCCCGGGAGCAGAGCCACAGGGCUUGGGGGUCACCCUCCAAGGGUGUAGGCAAGAAGCUGCCUGAGUACAAGGCAGUGGUGGUGGGCGCAAGUGGUGUGGGAAAGAGUGCACUGACCAUUCAACUGAACAACCAGUGCUUUGUGGAAGACCACGACCCCACCAUCCAGGAUUCCUACUGGAAGGAGAUGGCCCUAGACCACGGAGGCUGCAUUCUGAAUGUGCUGGACACGGCAGGGCUGGCCACUCAUCAGGCCCUGCGUGACCAGUGUGUGGCGAUUGGCGAUGGUGUGCUGGGUGUCUUCGCCCUUGAUGACCCCUCAUCUCUAGCCCAGCUGCAGCAGAUGCGGGCCACCUGGGGCCCACACCACACCCAGCCCCUUGUCCUUGUGGGCAACAAAUGUGACCUUGUGACCAGUACUGGAGAUGCUCGUGCCGCUGCUGCAGCCCUCGCAAAAAGCUGGGGGGCCCCUUUCGUAGAGACCUCAGCCAAGACACGCCAGGGUGUGGUGGAGGCCUUUUCCCUACUCAUCCAUGAGAUCCAAAGGGUCCGGGAGGCCAUGGCAAAGGAGGCCACGACAGGGCCAGGUGGGGAUAAAGGCCGGCACCAGAAAGCCAUGUGCCACUGUGGCUGCUCUGUGGCCUGAAGGUCUUCAGUCUAGAAAAGUGGACCCUCCCCCAGACCAGGGUGAUGGUUCCUUCACAUGAGCACCCCCCUACCAGCAAGUAGCUGUGUGGGACACUGUUGGUGUCUCUCUCCUGGGGAGGUUUUCUUUUGGUGAUGGGCUUUUUGGCAGUGUGGGACAUUGUGUUGGUUGUGUUAUGUCAAGUUGGGAGAUUCUGUGCAAAAUUAAAUAAAUGGUGUUCUUAGGUU